GAUGACUCGGAGGGUGAGCAAGAAGGCGCUGAUCAGAAUGAUCGCACAGAACGAGGCAGCGUUGGAGGAGGCGCAGAGGAUCUGGACGGCCCAUCGCAAGGUGCUGAUGCGCAGGCUCUGCCAGAUGUGACCGUGCCCAUUGGUCUGCUUGCGAGGUUGUCCCUAAACACGACUAGGGCGAAGAAAUCAGGGAAAGAUAAGGCUGGAGCGGACGCUGAUGAUGAUAACGUGGUAUGUGGUCCCGCAUAUGACCUCUCUCUUCGGGCAUCUUUGAUCGACAAUCAUGGCCCUCCGGAGAUCCUCGUGCACGGCCUUGUCACCCCGGAGGACGUGGAUAAACUGUUCGAAAUUUUCUAUACAAAGCUCAAUGUACACGUCACUCUGCUCGACCGUGAAAUCCACACCGUCCAGUCGACCUUUGCAAGGUGUCCGUUCCUGUUCACCGUCGUCUGUGCAAUUGCGUCUCGGUAUUAUCAGGCAAAAUCCGAGAUCUACCCCAUUGCGAUGCAUUUCGCAAGACGCGCCGCGGCGGACGGCUUGUUGAAUGGAUGGAAAUCAGUUGAGCUUUCUCAGGCCUACAUCCUGCUGAGCACGUAUGCGGUGCCCGCGAGGCGCUGGGAGGAGGAUCGGAGCUGGCUGUACAUUGGUCUCGCAAUACGCGUCGCGACGGAUCUGAAUCUACACCAAGUUUCGCCGAUAAAGCCCAAGACGGACCGUCAGAGGCGUGAGGUUCUGAACAAGGAGCGGACCUGGCUGAUCCUCCAUAAUCUUGAUCGGUCAAUGGCCACGCAGUUCGGGAAGCCUUCGACCAUCCGGGAAGACUACAUCAUUCGCAACUCGGCUGAUUGGUACAAGAGGUCGCACUUGAACCAUCCGUGGGACACCGGUUUGUCAUCAUAUACACAGUUGCUUCGAAUCAUGGCGCACUUCCACGAGGAGAUUUACUCCGACCCGAGCUCGCCAACGGGUCUGAAUCAACAUCUGGACUUUCGUGAGGUGACCCUCAGGCAUGACGCCGAUUUGAACCGAUAUUUCGAAGAGUGGACUGGGAGAUUUGAGCGAGAUACCAAUCUGGACGACCCUGCUUGUGCGUUCCGCGCAUCACUGUUGCCUUUCCUCACGAACUACUCGAGGCUGGUCAUGUAUUCAUUUGGGUUCCAGCAAGCAUACAAACGUGGUGUCCGGCCGGAGGAUCAGCUCUUCCUAGAUAAAUGUUUCGAAAGUGCAAAAUCUGUCAUUUUGUGCAUGGUAGAUGUGUUGUGCCCCAGUGGCUACAUGCGCUACUCCCCGGAUGGACACUUCGUGUUUGCGUCAUUCGCUUCCGCGUUCUUACUCAAGUUAAUGCGUCCCGAGUUCAAGAAUCUAAUCAGCCAGGAGCAGGAGACGGAGAUUUUCGACUUAAUAAGGCGGCUCAUCGAGGCCCUGAAAUCGCCCGAGAUUGCUAUCGAUGAUCGUCACACGCCAAAGCUGCACGCACGUUUCCUCGCCGGUCUGUUGACCAAGAUUCGGCGCGAUACUGCGACGAGCGGCCGCCUCCAACCGCAGCCCCCGCCCUCAAGCCAGCCGCCGGAGGUCAACACCGGCGGUUUUGCAGCGCAGCCUGGAAGCUCGACCUCUGCCUCGUCUCAGCCAUACCCUUCAGCGUCGUCUUCCACGGGCUUCCAGGAUCAUGGUCAUCUUAUGACUGGAGGCCAUACGCUCGCGAACGAUGUAAUGAACACGGAGCCAGUGUACCAGACGGACACUGCGUAUACGGUUGGUGCUGCGCCGAUGGAAGUGUUUGAUUUCAACGCACCAAACGGACAUGGGUAUGCGGAAGAGACGUUGGGUGCGCUGAUUGCACUGCAAAGUCCUGCGUACUGGCGCGACAUGAUGAUGCCUGGUUAUUCAUGGCCAGAGUCCCCUCCCCUUACCGACUUUGGGCUGAACCCGCCUGCGCUCGACAACGGGUUCAAUGCCAUGCAAGCGGAAGUGAGGCUGUUCGGUUAGGUCAGACUCGUUCAUGUUUCCCCGGAUAUCUGGUAUUCGUCUUCUUGACUCGUCUUGUAAAAUGUGCGAAUGGUCCAGUUCUCUGGGGUCGUUCGCCAUACAUUGUAGCCUAUCCUCCUAUACGCCAAUCUCAAGUACUGUAACUGUAGACUGGUCAUCUAUGCCUUCGUCUUCGCUUAACCACAUUCCGGUAGAGUGAUCUAUAGCAAUGCAAUAAUCAUAGGGUUAUAAUGAAAAAGUGCUGAGAGUCUAUGC